AUGCAGUCACGAGAGUGGAGAAAAGUAGCACGUGCGACGGCGUCCACCUGGGCACCUCAAGACCGCGAGAAGCUUCCAGGAUUACCAGGUUGCAGCCGGCAUGCCAGGCAAGACAAGGAGACCGAGCUUGCCUUGCAAUCCAAUACAGCUGCGCCUUUGCUGCCCAGCCCAGCUUGGCCAAACAUGCACCACUUUGCCACGCCGCUGCGGCCGGCCCAGCAAACAAAGUCCAAGCGGAAACGCGACGAUGACGGAGCAGACCCUCAAGAAGAUUUGGUACAUGACGCGAACGACAACCCGCAACCAGAAGUCCAGCCGGCUCCCCUAUACGACCGCUGGGAUAGAGAACAGCGCCGUGUUGCGGGCCUCUCAUCUGAUGAUGCGUUUCAAAUCCCUGCGCCGCCGUUUCCGCAUGCUCCGCCUAGAGAGCCACGUUCAAAAUUCACUCCAGCCCGCAUCCAACAGGAGCUUGCCGGCCUCACUCUUUCCAUACAUGGCGAGGUUGCCUCGUCCCAAGACCAACCCCUUGGCUCAAAGCGUGUCACUCCUGCGUUGAGAACGACUCAUCUCAACAUCUUGUCGACUGUCAUGCACCGCUGUUUACUUGAGGGAGAUUACCAGCGCGCAGCAAGAGCAUGGGGCAUGAUGUUAAGAACGCAAGCCCAUGGCAUUCCUAUUGAGCCGAGAUACAAUGGCCUGUGGGGACUAGGUGCUGAAUUGCUACUGCGUCGAAGAUACCAGAGUACCUUGUCUGGGAUAGACGAGCAAGACAGCCCGGCCAGCGACGAGCAUCUAUGUUCGGAAGAAGGCUUUCAACUUGCGAAAGACUACUACGAGCGCUUGAUCCUUCAGUAUCCUGUCCGCAGCUUCCAACCCCAUGCAAUCGACGCCACCACCUUCUACCCGCCUUUAUUCUCGGUUUGGCUCAUGCAAGUGCUCGAGAGGAGUAGACGUUCACGCCGACAGCUCAAACGUGAGGCUCAAAUGACAAACGUCCCCGUGUCCAUUCAUUUAGAUGGUGGCAUGACCUUGGGAGAGAAGCGUACCCGGGAAGCUGAGAUCCAACACGAAGAGCUAGCUGGUGCGCGGGAGAUAUGCCGCAGAUUGACAGAACUCGUGGAAUCGCCACCUUAUGAUAAGAACGCACAAUUACUUAUCCUUCGAGGGCACGCUGGUCUUUGGAUGAGUGACCUUUUACUGGGCAAGACAGUAACGCUAGAACCAGACGAUGAACUGGAUUACGAUUCAGAUUCGGACAGUAAUAAAGUGGAGGACGAGGCCGAGACCGAUAUUGCCGAGAAGACUAGGAAGCGCUCCGAAGGUCUUGAAGCAAUGGAGCAGGCCAAGAGCUACUUUGAGCAGGCUAUUAAACUUUGCAAGGAAGUUUCAGCUGGAACGACAUCUAGUUUCGAAAUGGAGGUUCGAGACAUCACCAAGCGGAUAGAGGAGCUGAAGACUCCGCAGCGUUAG